AUGCAGCGCGGUCCCUACUCCAACAUGGGCCCGGCUCAAUCGCCGCCCCUCCACCAUCCUGUCCCUCAGCAUGUCUCGACUGUCCCACAGUUGCGCUCUCCCCCUCCGCCCAUGACACAACAACAGCAACAACAGCAUGCCCAGCAACAGCAGUAUGGCUAUGCCCCCAACAACUACGGCCAGCCUCCGUUUGGUGGCUUCAUCAAUGAUCCUACUGCCCAAAUGGGCUUCCAGAUGGGCAAGACCGCCGUCGCUGCCGGUCAGGAGUACAUGGAACAAAAUGUUCGUCAACCUACCAUUAUACAUACCAUGUCAAUAAGACCAUUUACUGAUCCAUGCCCAUCCAGNUUCAAUCGCUAUGUCAACGUCUCGGCCAUGAAGCACUACUUCAACGUCUCGAACAAAUACGUCGUCAACAAGCUCUUUAUAGUCCUUUUCCCCUGGCGCCAUCGUCCCUGGUCUCGCCAGCAGCAGCCCAUGGCCAACAGUGGCCAGUCAGGUCCCAUGUUCCUGCCUCCUCGCGAGGACAUCAACAGCCCCGACAUGUAUAUCCCCGUCAUGGCCUUUGUUACCUACAUUCUUCUUUCCACCCUCCUUGCCGGCCUGCAAGGCGCUUUCCGUCCCGAGUUGCUCGGCAUGACUGCCACCAACGCCUUUGCUGUUGUCAUCAUCGAGCUUCUACUUCUCAAGCUCGGCACCUACCUCUUGAACAUCUCGAACGAGUCUCAGUGGCUAGAUCUGGUUGCCUAUUCUGGCUACAAGUUUGUCGGUAUCAUCUUCACCAUUGCCCUGGCCACCAUCAUGACAGGCGGAAAGGGUACGGGUGGUUAUGUUGGCUGGUCUGUCUUUGCUUAUACCUAUUUGGCCAACGCCUUCUUCCUUGUGAGUAGUCAGGAGUCAUGCUCACCUCUGCCAUGUACUAACCCUCGCAGNCUCCGUUCACUCAAGUAUGUCAUUUUGCCGGACACUGCCUCAGGCGCCCACAACCCCAUCGCCCGCUCGCAGAGAACCAAGAGAACAUACUUCCUCUUCGUUUACUCGUACAUCAUCCAGCUGGCUUUUACAUGGUGGCUCAGCAGUUUGUAA